CAGACUUAUAUUCUACAGAGUGGUAGCUGUUAUCUUUAGUAUACAGAAUGCGAGCGAUAGUGUGCGCUUUAAGCUUAUUGUCGGCAGUGGUCGCUUAUGACGACACUGCUUACCGCGACCCACUUUAUGUGCCGGGCCACAGUGUGAUAGUACAUCUCUUCGAGUGGAAAUGGCUGGAUAUCGCGAAGGAGUGCGAACAAUUCCUCGGUCCUAUAGGAUACGGUGGUGUUCAGGUUUCUCCGAUCCAAGAAAAUAUAAUCGUAGCGUCCAGACCGUGGUGGGAACGUUACCAGCCUAUAUCUUACAAAUUCGAGACGAGAUCGGGUACAAAAGCAGAAUUUGUAGAAAUGGUUUCGCGGUGCAACCGAGCCGGCGUGAGGAUCUACGUUGAUGCAGUGCUCAACCACAUGACCGGCGAUUUCAAACAAGCACGUGGUACCGGUGGUUCGACGGCGGAUACCUAUAAGCGUCAGUACCAUGACGUGCCGUAUUCAUCGGAACAUUUUCACAAUCCGCCAUGCGGCAUAAAUAACUACAACGAUCCAGUAAAUGUACGGAAUUGUGAUCUAGUCGGUUUGCACGAUCUCAAUCAGACAUCCGAGUAUGUCCGUAAGAUUAUCAUCGACUUCAUGAACGAAGCUAUCGACAUGGGCAUCGCCGGUUUUCGGAUAGACGCCGCGAAACAUAUGUGGCCGAAUGAUCUUAAAGCGAUCUAUGACAAUCUACAGGAUGUGAAUCCCACACACGGUUUCCGACCAAAUACACGACCUUACAUAUAUCAGGAAGUGAUCGACUACGGCAACGAGGCGAUCUCUAAACACGAGUAUACCAGUUUGGGCGCAGUGACGGAGUUUCAAUAUGGCCGCGAACUGAGUAACGCAUUUAAGGGGUAUAAUAUGCUCAAGUGGCUCAUCAACUGGGGAGUUGAGUGGAAUUUGCUAGAAUCGAAGGAUGCCUUGGUAUUCAUCGACAACCACGACACUCAACGCAACGAUCACGAUAUUCUUACCUACAAGACGUCGCGGUUGUACAAGAUGGCGGUUGCCUUUAUGUUAGCGCACAAUUACGGGAACCCACGUGUCAUGAGCUCCUAUGACUUCCAAAACUUUGACGACAGCCCGCCAGCGGAUGGCAACAACAAUCUACUGUCUCCGAUCAUUUACCCGGACAAUACCUGCGGCAACGGCAGGAUCUGCGAGCACCGUUGGCGUCAGAUCUACAACAUGGUGAUCUUCCACAACGCCGUAAACGGAACCACGGUCAACCAUUGGUGGGACAAUGGUGGCAAUCAGAUCGCUUUUUGUCGCGGUGAACGCGGAUUUGUCGCGUUCAACAAUGAAAGGUUCGACCUCAAGAGAUCUUUGUUUACUUGCUUGGAAAGCGGGAUCUACUGCGACGUUAUUUCCGGGGACCUGGUCAAUGGAAAGUGUACCGGGAAGACUAUAAGGGUGAACAAGGACCACUAUGCUGACAUAGAAAUUCUCACCAGGGACAAAGAUGGUGUAAUCGCGACGCAUCACAAGGUGAAAGUUCCCGAAACAUCGUGAAGUCCUAGUACGUUGAAGACAGACUACGGAUAUUCUGCUUUUAAGUCUAUGUUAUUAUCACCACACAUAUAUAAAUGUGUUAAUACAAGAGAUAUAUAAUUAAUGAAAAAUUUGCUCUUUUUAAAUUUGUUGAAACAAAAUUUUGAAACGACGGAAAUACUGUUACUCGUAAUCGCAAAUGUUUUAUUCAAGCUUGUAGUGGAUUCCAAGCUCAUUCCAUAUGAGCUUAGAAUAUAAAUAUUUUAAUUGAUAUAAAUAUUUGAUUGAUUGAAUUA